AUGCCAACCGUUCCCUCUUUCCGCAAGAUGAAACACAACCCAGAUCUCUUGAAGAAUCUCCCUGCCGAUUUCCUAGCCGGCCAUGACAAGCUCUCGCGCGAGCAAGCCGGACACCUACGGCAUUUCCACAACCUCGCGACCCAAAGGGACGGCGAAUGGGGGGUUAUGGGGUCCCAGGACCCCGGACAGGAGUGGCUCGAUGCCUACCGCUACCAGCUAGCCACAAUGGCCUAUGCAGCUGGGGCGGCACACUUCCACCGCUUACCUGCUCUGCGGUCAAUCUUCCAGUCUCUUCUUAGUGGCCUUAUUCAUAAAAUGCUCCGCCGAGAGGUCUGGGGUUACUGGUUUUUAACAAGCCAUAGUGGCAAGUUUGUAGACCCGGAUAUCAAAAGGCUGAGACAACCAUGGGCAGAUCCUGUUGUUAAGGAGAAUAUCAUGUACUCCGGUCAUCUUCUCCUCAUGGUGUCGUUGUAUACGAUGCUUUUCAACGAUGACAAAUAUAAUCAGGAAGGGGCGCUUACCUUCAACUGGAGCCCAAUAUUCUGGGGCAUGGGACCGGAGAAGUUUUCAUACACCCGCGAAUCUCUCCAAAAGGCCAUCUUAGCGGAAAUGGAGCGUGAGAAGUGGCUCGGGGUCUGCUGCGAACCAAACUGCAUUUUCAUUGUUUGUAAUCAGUUUCCGAUCAUUGCUAUGAGAUACAAUGAUGUUCGGGACGGCACAAAUGUUGCAACCGAGGUACUCAGUAAGUACACAGCUGCUUGGGAAGCAAAAGGCAUGGCGGGCCCAAACGGGCUGUUCAUCAGCUGGUACUCGCCAAAACAGGACACGAAGAGGCCAGCGCUUGAUCUUGGGUUCACAGCUUGGGCCACUGCAUUCAUGAACGCCUGGAACCCAAUCCUUGCAAAUGAGACAUUUCAAGCGCAAUCUAUAGGCUUCCUUACUCGAGCCGACCAUGACCGAAUCAGCAUUAACAGAGGGCCAGUGGCAUUCGCCAUCCGUGAGCUCGCUGAGAAGAAAGGAGUCGAUCCAUAUUCCCUCUCAACCAUGCAAAAGGCACGAGAUAUUGUGGCAAGCAACCCUACUACGGGAGAGCAUCGAGAACCUUUUCCUCGACCAAUGUUUGGAUACAUCCUCAUGGCCAUGUCUGAACUGGGUGAUGAAUCAAAACUUGCAGGUUUACUCAAUCAUGUUGAUCGGUUCUUCCAGCCAACUUGGCAAAAUGGGGGUCUCUACUACCCUGUUAAUGCGGAACAGUAUGACAAAGACGGAAAUUGGACAGAGGUUGAACCAUUUACGGGAAACGGCGCCGUUGGCUAUGCGCGGUUGACAGUUCUCGGUGGUCAACGGAAGAUGUGGGAGGAGCCUUGGUCUGCAGAGCAGGUUUCUCGGGCACCGCACAUCAGUGGCAUUGAUUUAGGCAGUGGGGUAGAUUUCCUGAGAGGCUGCUGGGAUGAAUCGCAUCAGGCGAUGGUGGUGACAAUGCGGACGUGGGAUCAGACGGAAAAGUUUUACCAUCAUAGCGUCCGACUUGAGAAUCAUAACCUUCCUGUGGGGACAUAUGGAGUCUAUCGCAACGGAGUUCUGACGGAGACAAAAUUUGUCGAUCGGCCGGGAGAUACGCUUGAAGUAUAUGUCCGAGUCGAAGGGAUUGAUUUUGACCUUGUUCUGCUGAAGGCUUAA